AUGCGGGCGUACGGUAGUCUAAUUACUCUGAUUAUUUACUUUCAAAUUCGACAGAGUUUUGGCUCGUUUCGCAAUUAUGUCAAACCGCCAGAUGUGCUAUUCGAGGUGAGUUGACAUUUGCUUAUAUUGUAUAGUAUUGUAUUGUAUAUGGUGACAUUACAUUUCUUGGCUGUUAGACAUAAGGUAGCUAACAUAUAAAGGUAGAUUGACAUAUAAUUCUGUAAGAGUGUUCAAAUAAUUCUGCGCCAUUUCUAAAAGCAACUUUUUGAGGUUUGAAGGCACAGAACUAUUUGAACUACUUAAUAUUAAUGUAAAAUUGACGAACAUAUUAAGGUAGAUUAACAUAUUUUUUCGAUUUUAUAAAGUACAGGAUGCGCCAAAAGUCCCCGGACUCAUUAUUUUAGUCAUAUAUUUAUUAAAACUAUGGGGAAUAGGACAAUCUUUAAAAAAAUGAUAUAAAUUGCGUACACCAUAAAGAAAUCGACCGGUAAAGUUAGUCCGGGCACUUUUAGCGUACCCUGUAUGUUAACAUUGUUCGCUAGGAUACGUAUACGUCAAGAAAGAGUGGUUUACUGUAACAUGAGAAAAUGGAAGAAAAAAUAGAAGGAGAAAGAGAAAAAAAACAAGAACUUUAAAAAAUAUUCACCUUGCUAGUAUAAUACUGUGGAUGCAGUCAAACCUCAUUAGUAUGGCACUGAAGGUACUUGUUCCAACUUGUCUUUUGAACCUAGGAGUCACACUACCCAGCUACUUCUUCAUGGAGUUUCUAUUACAAAAGCAUCCAGAAUUUUUCAUUAUAAAGAGGACGGCAGACUAUCGAGGGUCAUACUAAAGAGGUUUUACUGUACUGUCACCACCAAACUUCAUUAACUCUACUUCCAGGGCUGUUCUCCAGAACUACAACAUGUUCAUUCAUUCAAACACUUCACCACAACUUGCAAAACUCAACCAUCGUUGGCAAUCGUAGCGUACGAAGGAAUUCUGGACGCGAUGGAAGAGUGUCGCGAGCGAAUGAGAUUCCAGCCGUGGGACUGUUCACAGCCGGGAACGGUGUUGCAUGAGCCUUCGUUGUUAAGAUACGGUAGGGUUUUUGAACAUUAUUUGAUAUCAAUAGGGACGUUAUUAAGUUGUUCAAAUAAUUCUGUGCUUCCUAGCCUUAAAAAAUUUAAUUUUAAAAGGGGGCACAAAAUUAUUUGAACAACCGAAUAAUUUGCAAAAACAGUCGUUCUAAUUCGAAAAAACCCCAAAUUUCACUAAAAUUCAACUAAAAUGCCUUCAGGCUACCGAGAAUCCGCUUAUCUUCUAGCGAUGAGUGCGGCCGGUGCAGCUUGGGGUGUGUCAACAGCCUGUGCACAAGGCUGGCUUUCUGAAUGUAAGUGUAUACCACCCAAGAUCAAUACUGAUCACAUGGAUCCUCAACAAAUCGAGGACCUUAACCAAGACCCGGAUUGGCAAUGGAGUGGAUGUUCGUAUGGUGUACAGUAUGGCAUUGGCACGUCGAGAAAGUUGUUCACAAGGACAGCCGGACAUUUGAGAGGACCGUUGAAGAGGCUGGAGAAGCAUAACUUGAAGGCUGGCAGAUUGGUGAGUUGUCGAUAAUUUAGUGGUAUAGUAUUAAUAGGUUGUUAAAAUAAUUCUGUGCUUUCCUAACUUAAAAAUUUGCUUUGAAAAGGGGCACAGAAUUAUUUAAACAACGUAAUGAAAUAUGACAUUUUUGCUGUGCCAAUAAAAGUAAACUUGCAACACAAAAAUUUUUAAAAAAGCGGGAAAUUUAAAAUUUAAAAAAGUUAAAGUAAUAAGUAAAAAUCUGAGUUAAAUUGUUUUAGGCAGUUAAAAAGACCCUAAUCCAGCAAUGCAAAUGUCAUGGAGUUAGUGGUAGUUGUCAACAAAAGACAUGUUGGAAGAAGGUGGCGGACCUUACUACAAUAUCUGAUUACAUUACCGAUAAGUACUACAAAGCCAAACAGUUGAUAAACGAAGGCACUAGAGUCAAAAGCUCGGAUUUGGUAUGUUAAUGUUAUAUUUUAUUAUUGUAAGCAGGGUCGGGCGGCAGGGAGGGUAUUCGGCAAGGGGGAGGGGGAGGGGAUCAAACUCAAGGUUCAAAAAAUUCAAAAAAAGUAAAAAUGACAAACUACAGUACCUUAUGCACACUUUAUAUCCCAAGUAUAGUAUAGCAAAUUAGUAUACGUUUCAGAUAUACCUAGAGCAAAGCCCGGAGACAUGUACUCCUUUCACAUACGAAGUGAAGCAACGUCGCUCUCUGCCACGGAUAUGCAACUGGAGGAACGAAACUCACAGUAUGGGCGACUGUAACUCUUUAUGUUGUGGUAGAGGAUUUACUGUAAGUUUUUCUUCACUACUGUUUAAGUCUGAGCUUAUAUUGGCCUACAUAGGACUGCUGUAUUUAAGUGCGCAUACAUAUGCAUAAUACAUAGCGCUGCCAUUUUUGUAUGUACCUUUAAAGCAUAAAAAUUACAGUGUAUCUACAGCACAGUAAGACAUGUUGUUUUAAAUAUACAGUAAAAAUAAAAUGUUAAACAUAAAAGUAUUAAAAUCAAUACAUCUUUAGGUACGACAUGAGCCAGUCACGUACAAAUGCGAUUGUAAAAUUGUAUGGUGCUGUAAUUUGCAAUGCAACGAGUGUCUUCAACAUCAAUGGGUCUCAACAUGUAAUAAUUAACUUUAUUUUCUACUAGUUUCACUUACAUUUUGCAAUAAAACCAAAGAUUAUACUAGAUUUUAGGCAGAAAGUUACUGUAAAAUUACUUCAAAGUGCCGUACAUUAGUCUCAAGUUUAUACAAGUUGAAACUGCAAUUUUUUGAAUAUUUUUUAGUUUCAAAAAAGCAAGAAUAGAACAAUGCGUAUUUUACAUCUUAAAAAGUCGAAAAAAAACUUCCUCCCCGGCCGGGAAUCGAACCCGGGUCUCGCACGUGACAGGCGCGGAUACUUACCACUAUACUACCGAGGAACGUUGCUCUAUUUUACGAAUAUUUCUAUUGUUUUUAUCGCCAACAUAAUGUCGGUAUGAAGCAAUAUGAACAACACCUUAUAAUGUGAAAACAGUAAAAAUACCAAAAUUUUGUUAUCAUUUACACAAAAACAGGAUCAACUGGCUAAGGUUCAAUUGAAAACAGCUACAAUGGAUUUCUCUAAUAGUCUUCGCCAAACCUUCACCAUCCUUCUUCAUGUCUCAAUUUUUAUAUCUUGCGUUAAAAAAGGAAUGAUAGUUUUUAGAAGUUAAAAAAGUUUAAAUUAUAAAUAGGUAUUAGGUUGUUUCCAAAACAAUGGACGAAUUUAUCCUUGAUUUGUUUGCCAAAGUUGGCCGUUCUUUUUGCAACAACCUAAUAAUAAAAAUCAGGAGCACGUGUUGUAGAAUUGUGUGUGUUUAAAGUUAUGUUUGGAAUGUAUAUCAAAACUUUAAAAAUGACGUACUACAUCUAAAUUUAAUUUUCUGAAACUACGUCAUGUAACACAAAUGGUCAUGAAGUUAUAGUACGUUCUAUUGUAGUAUAGCAACUCUUUCUCGAAACUAAAAUUUGAAUAUUCUGAUUUUUCAAAUUUUAAUCGUAAAAAAGGACGUUAGGCCAUCUUUUGCAACGAUUUUUUUACCCUACCAGACUGGUCAAGACAACAAAAGACCAUUUUUUAUUACAAUUUCGAACCCACGACACACGUAAUAGAUUAUAUAACAAGCAACGUACAGAUGCACAAACAAACAUUCUUCCGUGACAAGUUGUAGUAUUGUAUAAUUUAUUUUAAAAGUCGAUUGUAUUUCGAUUACACAUGCACAAACUAUGCUUCGUACUGCUUACUAUAGUCAAUGCUGAUGUAUCCCACUACAUGUCAUAUAUUCAGACUAGUAAUGUGAUUAAUAAUAUACUUGUUCAGAGUGGUAAUCUAGAUGACAGUAACCUUUUUAAAACUAAUAAUGUAGAGCCUAACGUACUUGGUCAGAACAGUAAUGUUAUACCAGAUAUACUGGAUCAAAAUAGAAAAGUCAAACCGAACGUAUUUAUUAGUAUUGAUGUUACUACUACACAAUCGCCCUCUACUACGACAGAAACUAUUGAUUUGGCAUUAGAUCGAACACCAAAAAAUGGGUUUUUAAUUGAAUAUACUCCGAUUCCUAUCAAUAAUUUCGCCGAAAGUAAGACAUGUUUUACUCUUAAACUUUUUUUAUUCAGGGUUAAAUAAAGCACAGUAAAUUAAAACUAAAAGACAAGGCUUAGGCUUUCCUUAUUACUUUCUUUAGGUCUGGCAGAGACAUGCAGGCCUUACGGUCGAGGUCUAACUUAAUGUCCCAAACCCCAGUUUAGGUCUCGCAACGAAAGACUUACCUAAUAUAAAAUAUAAAACAUAUAUUGUAAUGUAUUUAUAUAAGGAGUCGUGCAUGUAGAUGAGAAGCUGUCAGAGCUAACCCGAUUUUUGAGACUCGGCCCAGGCUCAGAGCACAACGUAUAAGUCCGACCCGUUUUCAUUUUUUCUCAGGCCGGUCCGGCUUGAUCAAAACUUGUUGGGCUUAAUUUUUAGGCCAGUUUGUUUCAAAUUUAGUUCAAAAGCGACCCUGACUACAAUAAAAUAAAUCUCAAAAUUACAAAUUUUAUUUUAGUCAACAAAAGAUAUAUAUCUGUUUAUGAAAGGUAUAUAUGAGAGCGGUAGGAAACAGGCCGUGUAAACCGGACCAAAUCAAGCCGUAUAGAUGGCUUGGUCAAGAUCGGCCUUGAUCUUAAGUUGAAACAAUCUGUGCCGGCCUGAAAAAAAAGUAAUAACGAGUCGGUCUAAACUUUGUGCCGCUAUCCCGGGCUAAGCCGUAAAAGUAAGCCCGGCUCAUUUUUUACUCCUAACAACAGCAAACAUUUUUUAUUACUUUUCAGCUUUUAAAAAACAUUUGCAUAUGAAAAUUUAAAACUUUUAUUUUCAGCUGGUGAAUGUGAAGAUGAUAAAACAAACGAUUGCACAAUACCUAGGAAGAAAGAGUUGUGCACGAAUGCUGCUUACUUUCAUUUGAUGCAAAAGUUUUGCGCCAAAACUUGUGGAUUUUGUAGUUCAACACCCGCGCCUCAGGCACAACCUGAAAUCACAACAGGUGUGUUCACAUUGUUAUGUUAAAGAUUAGUUUAUGGUUUUAUAUUGAUUUUUAAUGUAAAAUACGCCAAUAAUAGUAUUGUUAGUUUAUAAUAUAUAUUUAAAAAUAAAAAAAAAUGUUUUAAAAAUUAUAGUAAACUGUGGAGAAGAUACGACGACAGACUGUAUCAAGCCGAACGUUCGAAUUUUGUGCGAUAACACAGUUUACCGCCGGUUGAUGAACAAGAAAUGUCCAAAGACUUGUGGAGCUUGUGCUACUACCACACCGUCAACCCCUAUCACGCCAACUACUCCUAGCACGCCCAGUACUCCUAGUACUGAAAGCACACCAAGUACUCCUACUACACCCACCACACCUACUACACCAUCUACUGACACAACACCGUCUACUGACACUACACCAAGUACACCAACAACGCCUACCACUCCCACGACACCUACGACAGCUACAGCUGGUACUACAACAAACCUUGACGAUUGUAGUUAG